AUGACAGGAACAGAUUGCGAGGAGGGUUUGAUGCGACCGAAUAAUGGAAACUUCACUUGUGGAGUUGUUGAAGGUUUUUAUGGCAGACCAUGGACCACUGACCAAAGAAGGAUCCUUUUCAAAUGGAUGAGUAAAAUGGGAUUGAAUACCUACCUUUAUGCUCCUAAAGAUGACUGCAAACACAGAGCCAUGUGGCGAGAUUUAUAUUCAGUGGAGGAAGCUGACUGCCUGACAGGACUAAUUGAUGCUGCCCAUGAACAGAAUGUCGAAUUUGUUUAUGCACUUUCUCCAGGGUUAGAUAUUACAUAUUCUAGUACUAAAGAUGUCACAGCUCUUAAGAGGAAAUUGGAGCAGGUCUCCACAUUUGGCUGUAAUGCUUUUGCACUGCUGUUUGAUGAUAUUGAUCCCCAACUUUGUGAAGCUGAUAAAAACAUUUUCCAGUCAAUUGCUGCUGCUCAGGUGUCGGUUACAAAUGAAACUUACCAACACUUGGGACAGCUUAAAUUCCUCUUUUGUCCUACAGAAUACUGUGCUGCCCGUGCAGUUCCAGCUGUGGCCUCCUCAGAAUAUCUAAGCACCAUUGGGGCAAAAUUAUUGCCAGACAUUGAUGUUAUGUGGACAGGCUGUAAAGUUGUUAGUAAAAGGAUAACAAUCCAGACUUUAACAGAAGUAUCAAAAGUGUUACAGAGGCAGCCAGUGAUUUGGGAUAACAUUCAUGCUAAUGAUUAUGAUCAGAGGCGAGUUUUCCUUGGUCCUUAUGAUGGCCGUUCUCCAGAAAUCAUUCCCUAUGUGAAAGGUGUGUUGACCAAUCCGAACUGUGAAUUUGAAGCCAACUAUAUACCACUACACACCUUAGCACAAUGGUGCAAGUCUAAUGUAAACGGAGUUAAAAAAGAUAUUAUUGCAGGUGAUCGUUUGAGCCCUAUUGCAUCUGACAUCAAACUGGAAACGGAAAUUGAUUUCACAUCAGAUGAAGAUAUUCCUGCAAAAUUUGACACCCGUUAUCAACCAAAAGCUGCUCUUAAAGUUGCAAUCAAAGAGUGGAUCAAGGAAUUAGCUCUGAUCCGAACUUCACUUAGAAUUCCCUUUCCCAAACCUAUUGUUCCUAUAAUACCCCCAGUAAAUACUUGUAUGACUGUGACCCCUCCUACAGUGACCCUUCCAGCAGGAUGCAUGGUACCCUCCAUACCUGUUGGUGUACCUGGGAGUGUAUUCCCACCACCAGAGGUUGAUAAUCCUUCAUUUAUGCAACCUGUAAUGGCACCAAUAAACAGUUUAGUUGAACCCCCAUCUGCAGCAGUCAUUGAAGCAGAAAGCAUUGGAGACACUCUUUGUCCAGAUACAGAGCCAAUGGACUGUUUCCCGUCCAGUACAACAGAGGUUCCCAAGGGAACUACUUCAUCCACUUCAUCAUCAGCUGACAAUGUCAUGCAAGUAGACAAUAGCAGCAGUAGUAGUCUUGCAGGUUCUUUUGACUCCUCAGACAAUACAGAGGUACUUUCAAGUGAAGAUCUUCGGCAGCUUGUUGAGCUCUUUCACAUGCCAUUUGAACAUGGAGAGUGUGGACUGCAACUCUUACAAGAAAUGCAUUGGUUGAGGUCCAAUGCUAAUAUCAUUGCAGACAGUAGGGCAAAGAAAGCUUUAAAACCAGAGGCAGAACAAUGGCAUGAUAAAGCAAAAGUCUUUUGUGAAGGUGUUGACAGGAUCUUCACAAUUUUUGACAAGUUCUUCAAGAUUCCUAAUCGCGCUAUUGCAUAUGAACUCUAUCCUUAUGUUUGGGAUUUGAAAAGCAUUCUCAUAUUAUGCAAAGCACAUGUUCAGUGGAUGGGUCUUGGCCAUGUUCCCUAUUUGUCAGUAAUGCAUCAGCAAGGAGCCUUGACAUGGUGCACUAAUGGCUAUAAAGAAGCUUUCACAAGUGGAGAUCAGGAACCAUGGGUCUUUCGUGGUGGUCUUCAGGCAGAGUUCCAACAUAUGCUUCCAAUUGAUGGAGCUCAUGACCUUUUCCUAUUGAAACCUCCGGAGCCUCCUGUCAACAAAUAUUACAACAUUAGACCAUAUGUGGCUUUGGAUGAGGCUGCUGUGUAUGAAGUCUGCCGCCGAACAUGUGAUGAUGGCAUGGAUGGUACAGAUGUCUUUCCUGAUAUGCCAGAUCUUAUUGGAGACAGGCUUGUUGGUAGUUUUGUGACUCUCAGCCCAGAAUACUGUUUUGUGGUAGAAGAUGACAAAGGUGUAUGCUGCUAUGCACUUGCAGCUUUUGAUGCAAAAUUGUUUCAGCAGAGAACAGAAGAUGUCUGGAUUCCAGCGAUGUGUGAAAAAUAUCCCAAACCUGUCAAAGAGGAAUUGACACCAGCUGAUGAGGUUGUGCUUAGUUUCCACAAUCGUCCACCACGCAUUCCAGCAAAUGUGUUUCAGCGUUAUCCCUCAGUGAUCCGUAUUGACAUUUUGCCUGGACGUAUCUGUGACCCAACCAUUCCUUACCGAUUAUUAGCAGGUUGUUUGUCUGCCCUUAAGACUAAUGGCUCCAUUGGAGUAUUCUGUGAAUUGAAUGUUGGGGACAAGUACCUCCUUGAAUUCUACAGUCGCCUCGGAUUUUUCCAGUUUCUCAGCCCAGAAUCAGGCCCAGAAGACACAAUGUACCUUGGGCGCAUCAUUUAG